AGGCCGCGCGCGGGGGGGCGCUGACUCCCCCGCCCGGGCGCGUCAUGAGCGCCCCUGCCGCCGCGGACGCGGGCGCCCCGGGGCACACGGAGGCCGCGGCUGGCAAUGGCGACGGCACGGUCGAGGAGGUCGACAAGGGUGCCCGUAUUCGGCUCGGCAUCCCGCGCCCAGCCAGCGCUGUUGCACCUCUGGCCUGGAGGCCGCCAGACACGUAUUCGCAGCUUUCGAUCUUGAUUGGAAUAGGGGGAAAAGCGGGCAGAGGGAUUUUCAUGCACUUCGCGUGCUCCCUCUGUUUGUCCUCUCGGAUCUCAUGCUUUUCUUCCACAUCACACUUGCAUGCCCCGCCCCGUCCAGCUCGCUGCACUCCGCCGCGGUAGCAAGACCAUCUCGUGGGGAGCUUUCCCGCUGAACCGGUCAGCCACACUCGCCCUCCCCAGGCUGGAGAGGUGGAGCCACCCCUCGGAGGUUUCGGAGGCGUCAGCGCGGAGCCGAGCCAUCGGUCGGCCGUUGGCGUUCCCUGGGCAGCCUGUCUGUUGAAGGGUUCUGCGCGAUUGCAUAUUCUAACGGCCAGUGGGGGCUGCCUGGCACCGGAGAUCAGGGGUCUAUCGUGGCCCCUCCACGAUGGGAUCUUCUGCCUUAAGAGUGUCAUUUUUAUGUUGAUGGUGACCGCAACAAUUCUGUACACCCCACGCGGCGGUCACCGCGCAGCACAGAAGUCUACCCGAGGAUUGCAAUGAGAGGCCAUCUCCAGAGGUGGGGUGCCGACUCUGGCUUGGUCGUGUGUUUUAGCAACCGCUCUGUAAAGCUGUUGCUGACAUCAUCAAGUCUGACAGUGAAGAAGGGAGCUUGGCGCCAACAUUACUUAUAUGAUUGAGCUGCGACGGAGUGUUGAGAGCUCUCUUUAUAAUGCGUACCAGGGCCUGGUAGGUUUGUGUGUGUGUGUGUGUGCGCGCAUAUGUGUGCGAUGAGGUUAGAUAGGUGUGUGUGUGUGUGAGAGAGCGAGAGAGAGAGAGAGGCUGAACUUCAUUCGAACGUGUUGCCACCAAGCCGUGUAGAGGUUCCCCACAGUAGGGGUCGACAGAUGCAUUGCACGUGUUGCUUCGAGCCCUUGGUCAUUGGCAUCGCGCUGCGCAGCGGAAAUUGUUGCGCGCUCUGUUUCUUCAGGAUUGUCGGCCCUGGUGCACGUAGUGGGCUUAUCGAUUAUCGCUGAUAUGGCAGCUGCUGUUUGACCUCUAAACGGACUUGACCGAGGCCAUGCGCUCGGACCAAGCGGGUGUAACUUGACAUCCUGUCACCAAGGAGUCCCUCGGCUCAUCGUGUUCGACCUGGACGCAUGCUUGUGGAGUCCAGAGAUGUUCGAGCUCAACUCGGCUCCACAAGCCUACGACAAGGAGGCCGACGGAGUCCGCGCCGGGCGCGACGUCGUUCGCUUGUUCCCCGGCGCGGCCGCCGUGCUCCGCGCCAUUCGGGCGGAAGCCCGCUUCGAGCACACGGAG